AUGGGGGCCGGCGCUGACGGCGGAAGGACUCGCGGCGAGCGCGCGGGUAAUACGCGUCGCGUCGCGCGCGGCGGCGAAGCAUCGACUCGCGAUACGGCGUCGAGGGGCCGCAGAGAGAGAGAUGCGUCGAACCGCAUUGUUGCCAGGGAGAGCAGGUCCGAAGCGACGGCGAGGAGGAACGCGACGAGGAACAGGAAGGAGGCCGAGAUCGUGGCCGCGCGGGACGCCAAGAUCGUGAGCGUCAACCCGUUCUUCCUCGAGAAGGAGCUCCUGCCCAAGCAGACGUGGCCCGACGGCACGCCCAACAUACGGGCGCAGCUCACUUCGCUUUGGGUGCUCGGCCAGCCCCACUCCGCGCUCGGCGUGCCCCCGCCCCCCGAACCCCCGAGGUUCGGGUCGUUGAGCUCCCCAACACCGCCGUGCUGCGGAUGCGGCCCGCCGGUGAGCUGUCUCAGGUGCUUCGGCGGGGGAGGGGUGGACGAGACCGAGCCCGGGACUCCAAUGGCUCGACGUGGAAAGACGACGCACGACCUCCGCGGGUUCGACGACGUCUUCGGCGUCGACCAGUCACCGGACGACUCGACCAGUCACCGCGAGCCCCGGGGGAAGAAAAAAGGCAAAGGCGCGACGGGUACGCACGGGUCGGACGAUGGCGACUGGGACUCGGAGGUUCAGUGCGCCGCGUGCGCACCCUUCGGCGGCGGCGGCGGAAGGCGUCACCGGAGGAGGAGGAGAAAGGGCGGCGGCGACGACGACGAGGACGACGGGGAGAUCGACGGCGCUCGUUGGCGGAGGCGACGGAAGGGAGGGGCGUGCGGUGCGUUGACAUGCGCCGAUGACUGGUCGAGCUCCGACGGGGAAGGGUCUUUGUCGGGGGGUCGGAAAAAGUCGCGUCGGAGGAGACGCGGUAAAGGCGAAAAAGACGACUGGGACGACGACGACGACUUUGGUUUCGGUGGGUGCUUCGCUUUCGUGUUUGGAAUCUCCAAGGAGGAACGGAGGAGGAGGGAGCGACGUCGAAUGCGCGACGCGAGGAUAAAGGAACGAAGAGAACGGCUGAGAACGGGCGAUAAGGCUGACGGCGGGAGCGACGCGGGCGUGGGCGUGUCGGACGACGAUCGCGACGAUGGGUACAACUCCGGGUACAACUCCGGGUACAACUCCGCGUUCGACCCCUACGCCGGGAAGGAUCUCGACCGGGGGAGGGACUUUCCAGACUGGCACCUCGCUCGCGCGCCGCUCAAGGGCGUGGGGUUCGUCUCCAACCGCGAGAGGGUCUACGCCACGUGGAAGCCCCGACGGCCCAUCGACGUAUCCUUCACGCGACCCUCCGUGCUGCUCAUGUCCCAGAUGGCUUUUGUCUAUUCCCAGCCGAUGUGGCGGUCCCUCGCGGCGUUUCAACGCGUGGACCCGGCGCUUUGUGCCGAGCCCGAGAUGCCUCACGUCACCGGCGAGCGAUCGGACGUGUACGAGCGGCUGCGAGAGGAGGCGCGGGUGUAUCGCGUCUCUCACCGAACCCGACACGCGUCCGCGCCGUGGUCCGAGGAUAUGCUCGGAGCGUUCCUCGGCUGCGCGUUCGCGACAGCCGCGUGGAGCUGCGCUCUUCGUGACCCUCGAAACAAACGCAGGCGACGAAGACGUAAGAUCGAGACGUUCCUCUUCUUCGGCGUGCUGCGGGGAUGGCACGACGCGGCUCGCGCGCACCAGGCCAAGGUGGAGAGCCGAAGGGUCAACCUCGAGCUCAUGGCCUUUUUGGCUAAGCAGCACAGGCAGAAGCGGUGGGAGGCGAGCCUGAACGAGACUUGGGACGACGUCAAGACCGCCGACGGCGUCGAAGGCUCCACGGCAAGAGCCGCCGCCGCGAGUACCGGUAAGACCGCGACGGCAGCUUCGAACGACGAGGCGAAUGACGGCGGACGGGGUGAGAGCGCGAGUUUCGUGCGACGCAUCGUCAAAAUCGGGACGGACGCGAUGGACGCCGCCAGGAACGCGCUCGGCGCCGGCACAGACGACGCGACGACGAAAGAAAGAGACGGCGAUGAAGGCGAUAAAGGCGAAAUCAAGGGCGAACGCGCCGCGGACGACGACGUCGAUGCGACGGACGGUGCCGUCGGCGAGGGCGCCGCGGGCUCAAAGGGUCCCGCGGUGAAGCUCCUCGACGACGACGGCGCCGGGCCGAUCGCGUGGAGCGUAACCGCGUCCAUCGAGCAGGAGGGUGGCGGAGGAAACGACGACGGUCGAUCCGGGGGUAUGUUCGACUUUAUCGGCGCGGAGUGGUCCGCGCAGAGCAACCCCGACAACACGACGGAUGCGACGUCUCUGUACGACGAGACGGUGGCUCGCGCUCUGCGAGGAGCCGUGCGCAGGCACAGGAACAAGCUCAAGGGCCGACGCGCGUUCUGGCCCGCGAUCGAGGAGCUAUCGCUGAACGACGGCGUUUACGCGAAGGCCAAGCCGGCGGCGGCGCCCGACGAGACGGAAGACGAUCGCGACACUCCCAUCGGCCCGGUGCGAAUCACGAGGAUCUCGCCUCACCCGACGACCACGGCGUGA